AUGCGGAAAGUGAUACUCACAUGCCUGGUAGCAUUACUGAUAUCAGUUCCAGCUAGUAGUUUUUCGGAUGAACUUGUCAGGUCUUUAUCAAAACUGCGGAAAUCACCAACUUCAUCUACACACAACAACAACAAGCAACGACUUUCUCGAAGGGUUAUUCGCUCUGUAUCAAACGGAAUUACGCAUGCACCAUCUCAAAUAAACGAAACAGCUGACCAACAGGAUAAUAAUAAUGACUUUGACUCUCCCUGGUCUGUGUAUUCAGAUGGUCCUGUUUGUGAUCUCAUGGACAUAAGAAAUAAUCCCUCUAAGCUAACGGAUUUGGAAAAUUGCACAAUAGUUGAUGGAUUUGUUCGAAUUCUAUUUCUGAACGACAACGAACAGAUGGAACCCCAAGAUUUGAGCAAAUAUUCAUUUCCCAAGCUUCGAGUAAUAUCGGGCUAUUUGUUUCUUUACCGAGUGUACGGGCUCGUCUCACUUCGAACGCUUUUCCCGAACCUCGUCAUGAUAGGGGGCAGUGAACUAUUUUACAAGAAAUAUUCCCUCGUAAUAUUUGAAAACCCUCAGUUAAGAGAAAUCGGUCUUGAAAGUUUAAAGUACAUCAAGAACGGAGCAGCUCGAAUACAAAACAAUGGUCAACUCUGUUAUCUCGAUACCAUAGACUGGGCAAGACUAGGAAAGUGGUUUGGCAACGAAGCGAUUGAACGACCUGUUUUACUCGAUAACAAAGAUGAGGGUUGCCUCAGUCAGUGUGGCAGCGAGAAGUGUGUGGAUGUAACUGAGGAUGGCUUGCAACAAUCUUUCUGUUGGGGUCUUAAUGUUUGUCAGCAAAGUGCCUGUCCUGACCAGUGCUCUCAUGCGUGCAAUAGUAAACAAUGUGUCUGCCAUGAACAUUGCUUAGGUGGAUGCACCCUCCCCAACAACGCUUCAGCUUGCCAUGCAUGUCGGUAUAGCUACCAUAAUCAAACUUGUGUCAAAACUUGCCCUCCUGGUUACUUGAAGAUAUAUGGAUGGUUAUGCAUAACACGAGAUACAUGUGCCGAUCGGUAUUGGAAACAACAUAAUGGAGAAUGUUUGGAGGACUGUCCACCUAUGUAUACAGAAUCUAUUAAGGGAGAUUACCACUUUUGCAAGAGGUGUCAAGGGGAAUGUGGGAAAGUUUGCCAGUUACCUACUUUAGAACACACAAUCUCGGAUCUUGCAUCAGUUGAUGCCCUUGAUCAAUGUACCGUCAUUAAAGGUCAACUUCAAAUCAGUUUAACUGGGGGGUCUGAAGUUGUUGAAAAAAUGGAAACAGCUCUCUCAGAACUUCGUGAAGUUAGUUCUAUCGUCAUUCGGCGAUCCUUUCCUCUCGUUUCUCUGACGUUUCUCAAAAAAUUAAAGAAUAUUACUGGAGACCCACAAUACCUUUACAGACAAGGAACGGACAACUACAGUGUUUAUGUUUUCGACAACAAGAAUCUGAAAGAACUGUGGGAUCUCAAAAUGGUCAAUGGAUCCACUAACUUCACUAUUGGUGGUGGGAAAGCUUUUUUUCAAAACAAUCCCUAUCUCUGCAUGGAUAAGAUUGAAAAAAUUGAAAAUCUUACACCAGGUGUAGAGGAUACAAAUGAUAUUUCUCAGAUUUCAAAUGGAGAUUUAAUCACAUGUGUGGUAGAACAAUUACAAAUUGUAAAUAUCGAGAAAUUUCAAGAUGUUGUUGAAAUCAAAUGGAUUAGUCCGUACGUGAAAGAUUACCGAACUCUCAUUGGAUACCGAGUGUUCUACAAAAAAUCUAAAUAUGAGAAUGCGACGCGUUAUACGGAGGUGGAUGGUUGUGGCAGAAGCAGUUGGUCAGUGCAGCACGUUCCCAACCAAAAGGGUCCCGAGAACCCGACCGAAGUGACAUACACUGAAACUUCAUUGUUAAAUCUUGAUCCAUUCACCAAGUAUGCGUUCUAUGUGGUGUCUUCUAACACCGUUGGUGCAAAGAAGGGAUUUCAGUCGGAUAUUCUGUAUUUUACAACACCUGCUAGUCAAUCAAGCCCACCCCAGCGAUUGAUAGCAAAGGCAAUCAAUUCGUCAGCGAUCAAUGUAACAUGGCACACACCUCAACACCCUAAUGGUAACGUUACUCACUAUAAGGUACGUUGGAUGCGACAGAAAGAAAAAAGUAACAUGCUGAACACAAUUGACAUUUGUAAAGGUGGAGUGGUGCAUUCUGCUACUGUUUCUAAACCUGUGGUCGUCCCUGAAGAACCAGAGAUCAUUAAUGAGAACACGAACAAUCAAUGUCAGAUGACAAAACCUUUGGACUCGAGUACUAAAGUGGUGGAAUCACAAAAAUUUGAAGACUAUAUCCUCAAAAACCUUGUCGUGGCUGGUUAUUAUCCACCAAUUGAUGAGGAAGAAUUUUUCGAUUCGAACUUCCGAAAGAAAAGAUCCAUUAAAGAGAAUCGGAGUUCUAACAUUACUGGCAACACCACAACAGCGGCAACUGUCACCUUGGCAUCUUUCACGGCACCAAGUGAAGCAUCACUAAACUAUAAAUUGUUUAAAACUAUUGUGAACACAAGUGAAGGCCAGAAUGUGGACAGCACCAUACUAACUGGUCUGCACCACUUCAGCGAAUACUACAUUGAAGUAUUGGCUUGCAAUCAAGCAUCAGCAACUGUGGGCUGUAGUUCCGCAACUUUAAUGACAAGAAGAACAAAGAAAUUAGAUGAUGCCGAUAAAAUAGAUGACAGCACACUCAAGUAUAUACCAAGUCCAGAAAAAACUUCAAAACCGAGUGUUAUAACAUGGCAGCCCCCAGAAGACCCCAAUGGAUUUAUUGUCAAAUACGAUCUUAAGUUUACCAAACAAGAUCAAACAGUGGAUCGAGAAGUCUGUUGUUCAAUCAUGUCAUUCCGGAAGAAAAAUUCUUGCCCGGUACCUCGGGACUUGUUACCGGGCAAAUACCAAGCCAGUAUUCUGCCAACUUCACUCGCAGCUAAAGGUGUUUGGUCACAACCCAUAAGUUUUAUUGUUGAAGACGUGAAUACGACGUCUUUAUCAUCAAUGGUGGCAAUUAUAGUUGUCGGUAUCAUCGUGAUACUGAUCGUCAUAUUGAUUGUCUACUUGAGAAAAAGGCAAAUUCAUAACUCAAAGAAAUCUCAGACCUAUGUUUCUGUGAAUCCGGAAUAUUCCAGUAUCGGCGUGUAUGAACCGGACGAAUACGAGAUUCCGGAAGAAAAUGUUGAAUUGAUGGAUGAAAUUGGGCACGGACACUUUGGCAAGGUAUAUGAAGGUUUGGCAAAGCAGGUGGUGAAGGGACAACCGAAAACAAAAGUUGCUGUUAAGACACUUCAUGGAAAUGAAAGUAUUUCAAAAAGAAUGGAAUUUUUGAAAGAAGCGAGCGUUAUGAAAGCAUUCAACUCCCACCAUGUUGUUCGUUUACUUGGGGUGGUAUCCAUGUCAAAACGGCCCAUGGUUAUCAUGGAGUUCAUGGCAAAAGGAGAUCUCAAAACUUACCUGCGUUCCACCAGACCAGAUGCUGAGAUUCGCAAAGGUGAUCCCCCUAGUCUACAACAGAAGCUACAAAUGUGUGGUGAAAUAGCCGACGGGAUGAGCUAUCUUUCAGAGACAAAAUACGUCCAUAGAGAUCUCGCUGCUCGUAAUUGUUUGGUGCAUGAAGACCUCACAGUUAAGAUCGGUGACUUUGGAUUGACGCGUGAUGUUUACGAGACAGAUUAUUACCGCAUUGAUAGCAGAGGAAUUCUCCCUGUACGUUGGAUGGCACCUGAGUCGUUAAAAGAUGGCGUGUUUGACUCUCGUAGCGAUGUUUGGUCGUUUGGUAUCGUGUUAUGGGAGAUUGCUACUUUAGCAGAACAACCAUAUCAAGGCCAACAGCAUGACCAAGUCACAAGGUUUGUCAUCGAUGGUGGAUACAUGGAACAGCCAAAGGAAUGUCCUUCGAAGCUAUACGACAUGAUGCUUAUGUGUUGGCACUAUAGCCCCAGCAUGCGACCAACGUUUUUAGAGAUCGUGGCUUCGUUAUCUCCCGAUUUAUCUGAUCGUUUCAAGCAAGAUUCUUUCUUUCACGAAACAAAACAAGCGGAAGAAAUUUCCAACGACGGAGACGGCUUCGUGGCCUCGGGUUCGAGUGAGAGGGUUCGGUUUCUACCGAAGCAAGUUGCAGCUGAUGUCCAUGAAGACGAGAGUAAGCAGAGCGACGACGAAAGUUCGGCUUACUGUAGGCUUAAUGGUCUCCAUCAAAACGACCCUUCAGCCGAUUACGACGAUAAGGACGGUUCGAUCCAUUUAACGCUUUAUUCGCGGAACAAUUCAACAAUCUGCUGAUGCUCGCGAUAUUUUCUUGUUGUUGUUUAUAAUUAUUCUUUUCGUGUACGAAGGGGCUGCGGGUCCCUGCAAGUUUCAUUCUAUUUUUCUUCUGUGCAUUUCGCCCGUGCUUGUCAACGCCCAACACUGUCAUGCGACGUGCGGUGCCGUUGAUGUUUUUUCUUUUCCGCUCCAAACUUGAAUCAAGUGAAUUCAGCUCGCAUCGUGCUCGGCGUAUCAGGUUGGCUGCCUCCCCGUCAACACUACGGUUUCUUACGUUUUCCUUUUAUUUUCUAUGUUUUAGUAUGACGUGGUUCUGUUUUUUUGCUAAUGAGUUCCAAUGGUGCGUUUUUAAACUAAGUGAUCUAUAUAACUCGUGCUGAACUUGGGUGGUUUCGUUAUCUAGCGUGCCAUGCUUUUCCUCAACUUACAGUUGGUCCUACCAAUGCUAAUGCCUCAUUGUAGUUUUACCUCCACCCGCCAAACAACGUAUAUACAUAUUAUAUAUAAAUCUUAUUUUACCCCAAGCAAACUGUCUCGAACGCCGGGAGCUGCACGGUCACGUUGUACAUAUUCUGAAGGAUCGUGUCUUUUCUAUGAAGUUGUAAAUAAAUAAAAAUCGAUUUUAAUGUC